AUACAUGGUUUCCUUUUUGAGUACACACACCACACUCGAAGCAUUGUAGGCUAAGUCGAAAACGAAAGCUGGCUAUCAGGAUGUCGAGCAAACGAAACUUGACUCGGUGGUAUAUAAAGCCGGGGCUAUCCCAACUUGACACAACCAGUAUUGCAGCGAGAGACGCGAACUAACCAGCGACCAGAAAGAAGGUUGAAACUGUAGAUCAAGCACAUCCUCAGAGGACUUUCACAUAUAGAAAAUGGAGAACCCAAACAGGGGCAACAGGGCAAGAGCAAGGCCAAGACCAAACGCUGGGCAAAGAGGAGUUGCAGAACCUGGUAAUAGACAAGUUAAUGAUGUACCAAAUUGGGAAAGACGAGGUGGUGGAGCAGGAAGAGGGGGAAGACGUGCAGCAGGAAGAGGAGGGGCAGGAAGGGGAGGAAUAAGAGGGCGUGGAGGAGGGCCCUUGGGUGAUGGAGUAUUUAACAGGGACGACCAUCAGGAGAACAGGAGGGCUGAGGACCAGGAUCAUAGAGGAGAUCGAGGCCAUGAGGCCCAGAGAGGGAGAGGAGGGAGAAAUGGCAUUAGAGGCAGAGGGGCUGGGAGGGGCAGGGGCACUGGGAGGGAAGACACACCUCCAGUACGUAAACUUGGCCUCAAAUAUUUGGAGGAACUUCUGGAGAAAGAGCCUUCGGAGGUUGCCAUUACUCUGUCCACUAACAUGGGUCUACAGCUUCUGCUGGAGGAGAGGACAAUGGGUCAUGAACUGGUUCAGCUGCUCUGCCAGAUUUUUUGCAAGGCCUUCAUGUCUAAGAAUGACCGCAAGACUGUCCAGCACUUGGCUGGAGUGAUAAAAGACUCUGGAUUUUUGCAGUCAAUAUUGCCACAUUAUGUGACGGGAAUGAUGUCAGACCAUGUCCCAGCUCGCCGAGAGAAAUACCCUCAGCACGUGGACACCAUCAUAAAUCUGCUCAACAGCGUGAUUAGCAUCUUCCCUGCCAGUUCUGUCCGUGUGGUGUCCACCCUCGUGAUGCUCCUGAAGCCAACCAUCAACACGCUGCGAGCCUCUGGCCUGGACAUCCUGGAGGAGACCGAGGAGAACCUGGAGAAGGUCCAGGAGCUGGUGACGCAUCUGCAGGAGAAGGCCAGAGACGGGACGCUGCGCUCGGACAACUACUCCUUCCUCACGCCCGACGAAGAUGCCCCCCCGGGGGAGGAGGACUUCCGGAACAUGACCAUCUACCCAACGCCCGAGGAGUUCCACCAGGAACAGAGGCCCUUCCUGAGGCCCAACAUCACGUCCCAACGCUACCCCAGCGCCCACGUCUACCUGGACACCCACUUCCGUCUCCUGAGGGAGGACUUUGUCCGGCCCCUGCGAGAGGGGAUCCAGCAGUUGCUCCAGAGCCAGGGGGCCCAGGCCCUGGAUGGUGUGCCCAUGAGAAAGAGGCACUUUGACGACAUCAGAAUCUACUUCGACACCCGGCUGAUCAUCCCCCAGUGCACCCACACAGGCAUUGCCUACAAAGUGCAGUUUGACACACGUCCUCUUAAGUUUGUCCGCUGGCAGAAUUCCAAACGGCUGCUUUAUGGCUCACUCGUCUGCCUGUCCGUGGACAACUUUGAUACCUUUCUGUUUGCCACGGUGUCUGAUCGGAAAGCGGAGGACCUCCAGCAGGGGCAGGUCCUUCUCAGCUUUUCCCGAGACAGCCGCCCGGCACUGGCCCGAGUGCAGCCCUCCGACUCCUUCCUGAUGGUGGAGACCACAGCCUACUUCGAGGCCUAUCGUUAUGUCUUACAGGGCCUUAAAGAGCAACAAGCGGAUGAGCUUCCCUUCCAGAGGUAUAUUGUAGAAUGCAGCCCAGACAUUCAUCCCCCUGCCUACCUUCAGAUGAAUCCAAGGAAGUACGAUCUGUCCAGCAUUUUAGCUGAGGACUGUAAGGACAGUGUGCAGCCCUUCAACCCUCUGAACGCUGAUGCCUGGCCCAGCCAGGAGCAGCUGGGGCUGGAUGAGAGCCAGCUCAGGGCCCUUAAACUGGCCCUCACCAAGGAGCUGGCCAUCAUACAGGGACCACCAGGCACAGGAAAGACUUACACUGGGCUGAAAAUUGCCCAGGCCCUGCUGGAUAAUCAGGUAGCCUGGGGCCAUGACUCUCCCAUGCUGGUGGUGUGCUACACUAAUCAUGCACUGGACCAGUUUCUGGAAGGAAUUCUCAAGUUUCUUGGAAAGGGCAUCGUGCGGGUCGGAGGCCGCAGCAGCAGUGAGGCGUUGAAGUGCUUCGCCCUCAGGGAGCUGACCAGGUCGGCCCAGUUUCGCCGCGUCCUUCCCCAGCAUCUCCGCCGCGCCUACUUCGAGAUCCAUAAGGAGCUGGCAGAAGCGGAGCAGCUGAUUAAAAGGCAGACUGCCCAGUUGGAGUGCAUGCUGCGUGGAGUCAUCCAUGAGCAGUUCCUGGAGAGGUACAUCUCCGAAGUGCACUGGGACAGCCUGUGUCUGCAGCCGACUGCAGAUGGAUUCCAGUGCAUCGGGGAGAGGCGCUCCAUGGUCCUGGAAUGGCUGGGCCUCGGAUCCACCCACUUCCAGUACAAGCCCAACGGGACUGUCGACGAGGAGGACGAGGGUGGGCAGGAGCAGGAAGAGGACCUGAUCGAGGUGGAAGAGGAAGCCGACCUGAUCCAGGCCGAGCGUGUCUUGGACGAUGCCAUCCACCGGGACGCAGACCGCGACCGGGAGAGCCAAAGGAAGAAGAAGGACGAGGAGGAAGUGGAGGCGCUGGCAGAGCUGAUGCUCGCCAUGGCCGUGGGGAAGACCCAGCCAGAGGAGGAGCAGCCCCCAGGGCAGAGCCAAGCUGGGGAAGAGUGGGAGAUGCAGAAACAGCAGAAGAAGAAGUUGAAGCAGAUGAUGCGUAGAGAGAUGAAGAAGAGCUCGGCCAUGACUGAGGCUGAGGAGGCGGGAGCGAUAAACAUCUGGACCCUUCCGCAAAAAGAGAGAUGGAAGCUGUACCGCCUAUGGAUCCUCCGGUACCGGACGGAACUCCGCAUGCGGGCCCUGAAGUCCGAGGAGGCCUACCAGGAUGCGGCUGAGCGUCUGGCUGAGAUCCGUAUGCGUGAGGACAUCGGUGUGCUGCGCGAGGCUAAGGUCAUCGGCAUGACAACCACGGGGGCGGCCAAGUACCGGCAGGCCCUGCAGGAGGUGCGCCCCCGCCUGGUGAUCGUGGAGGAGGCAGCAGAAGUUCUGGAAGCCCACACCAUCACCACACUCAGCAGGGCCUGCCAGCACCUUAUCCUCAUAGGGGACCACCAGCAGCUUAGACCCAGUGCCACAGUGUAUGAACUGGCCAGAAACUUCAACCUGGAGGUGUCCAUGUUUGAGCGUCUUGUGACCAUGGAAUUCCCCUAUGUCCGCCUCAACUACCAGCACCGAAUGCGUCCUGAAAUUGCCCGUCUGCUCACUCCUCAUAUAUACUCUGAGCUGGAGAACCACCCCUCCGUGCUGGAUUAUGACAAUGUUAAGGGCGUUGCUACCAACCUGUUCUUUGUGGAGCAUCAGUCACCAGAAGAGGAGAUCACGGACGGCCGCAGCCGUCAGAACCGCCACGAGGCCCACUUCGUGGUGGCACUGUGCCGCUACCUGCUCCAGCAGGACUACCAGCCCUCUCAGAUCACCAUCCUCACUACCUACACGGGCCAGCUCUACUGCCUGCGCAAGCUCAUGCCCUCCAGUGAGUUCUCCGGGGUCAAAGUUCACGUGGUGGACAAGUACCAGGGUGAGGAGAACGACAUUGUCAUCCUGUCGCUGGUGCGGAGCAACCCCGAGGGGCGAGUGGGCUUCCUGCAGAUCACCAACCGUGUGUGUGUGGCACUGUCACGUGCCAAGAAGGGCAUGUACUGCGUGGGCAACAUGGCUAUGUUCAGCCGGGUGAAGCUGUGGAGCGCCAUUCUGCACACGCUGCGGGAGCACGGGCAGGUGGGCAGCGCGCUCACGCUCAGCUGCCAGAACCACCCGGAGCGCCGCACGCAGGUGGCGUCGGAGGCCGACUUUCUCGGCGUGCCCGAGGGCGGCUGCAGCCUGCCGUGCGAGUUCCGGCUGGAGUGCGGCCACGUGUGCACGCGCGUCUGCCACCCGUACGACCCCGAGCACAAGGAGUUCAACUGCCUUAAGCCCUGCCCCAAGAUGCUGUGCGAGCGCGGCCACCGCUGCCGCCGCCUCUGCCACCAGACGUGUGGCAAAUGCUCCCUGCCCGUGGAGAAGGUCAUCCCGCAGUGCCAGCACAAGCAGAUGGUGCCCUGCCACAAGGAGGAGUCGCUCUUCAUCUGCCAGGUGCCCUGCGACAAGGUCCUCGGGUGCGGCCACCCGUGCGAGGCCACCUGCGGGGAGCUGUGCACCAUUUACUGCAUGGUCAAGGUUACCAUGACGCUCAAGUGUGGCCACACCCAGCAAGUACCUUGUUAUGUGUUGGGGAAACUGGAAGAGCCCCCCUGCGAGGCCAAGUGUGGCACGAUGCUGAAGUGCGGGCACCCAUGCCCCGGCACCUGCCACGGAUGUAAGCGUGGGCGCUUCCAUAAGCAGUGCAACAAGCGGUGCCAGCGCAUCCUGGUGUGCUCCCACCAGUGCCGUGAGCCAUGCACACGCGACUGCCCACCCUGCGGCAUGCGCUGUCAGAACCGAUGCGUCCACAGUAUCUGCAAAAAGUCCUGCGGGGAGUCCUGUGCCCCCUGUGCCGAGCCCUGCGCCUGGCGCUGCCCGCACCACCGCUGCAGCAUGCUCUGCCACGAGCCUUGUGACCGCCCACCCUGCGCCCAGCCCUGCGACGAACGUCUGCCCUGCGGUCACACCUGCAUCGGCCUCUGUGGGGAACCCUGCCCCAAAAAGUGCCGCGUCUGCCACCAUGACGAGGUGUCGGAGAUCUUCUUUGGCACGGAGGACGAUCCCGACGCCCGGUUUAUCCAGCUGCAGGACUGCAAGCACUUCUUCGAGGUCUCCUCUAUGGACACCUACAUGGCCCAGGAUGAGGACCAACAGGCGGGCGUGGAGCAGCUGGUCAUCAAGCUGAAAGAGUGCCCCAAGUGCCGCACACCCAUCCGUAGGAACCUGCGCUACGGGGCCCACAUCAACCGCAGUCUGGCCCAAAUCGAGAUGGUCAAAGAGAAGAUCAACGGGAAGCCAGGUGACAUUAAGCUAAAGCAGAACACCCUCAAGGUCCUCCUGGGAGAGCAGUACAACCUGAUGCUGUUCCUUCCAAAGGAGUUCAUUACAGUCCAAGACAGGCUGGCCCAGUCGAACCUCUCCCUGCGAGUGCUGUGCCACCAGGAAAACCUCAUCAUGUUCCUAAAGCGCCUGGGCAAGUUGGCGAAGAUCAUGAAGAAGGGCAUGUCCGGCCUGCAGAAAGAGAUCUUCUCUGUGCGGCUGAAAGAGUGCCUCUGCUUCCUGGAGGAUCCAGUCCAGCGUUUCUCCGAGCAGCAGGCCUGGGAUCUGGAGCGGGAGCUGCAGAGGCUCGCCUACUUGGCUGAGCUCAACAGUCGCUGUGACAAGCGCACUCUGACGGUGCUAGACGACCAGGUGAACGCAGAGGUGGACGCCCUAAGGCAGGUGCUGGACGACACUCGGCCGUUCACAGAGGAAGAUGAGUGCUGGGUCAAGCAAGCACUGGCUAACCUGGACUCCAAGCUGCCCUGUAGCGGGCUGGGUAUCACCGAUCAAGAGAGGCUGAUGAUAGUCGAAGCCAUGGGUCUGCCCCAAGGCCAUUGGUACAAAUGUCCCAACAAUCAUGUCUAUGCCAUUGGAGACUGCGGGGGGGCCACGGUAAGUCGAAAGUGCCCAGAGUGCAAUGCCACCAUCGGGGGUGCCAAUCACACUCUUACAGCUGGCAACGCGGUGGCAUCUGAGAUGGAUGGGGCUCAGCAUGCUGUGUGGUCUGACGCUGCAAACAUGGCAAACUUCAACCUUAAUGACCUGUGAGUUUGUCAGAGUGCUUUCGUAUCAUUGGUUUGUAUGUGUUUUAAAAAAAUAUAUAUAUGGCACUUACUUACUUACUUACUGUACUGAAGGUCCUGCAAUUUCAUUAAUUGCUUUUGGUUUUGGAACAGCUUUCCAAUUUGGUGUGAUUUCAUAAUCAAUUUUCACAUGUAUUCAUACUUGGUAUCCAGGGAUUUUUAUGUAUAAUGGUUGUACUACAAUUUCUAUCUAUGAAAUAAAUGCACAAUGAUUUUACUGGAAAUACAGGUUUUUUAAUAGUUUUAAAUGCAUGCUGGCAGACUACCAGAAAAUAAUGAUGUAAUAUAAAUUGGUUUCUACUUCCAAAUAUCAGUUACAUUGUACUUCUGUCUGCAUACACUGGAACUCCAUGUCGACCAUGUAGUUUGUUCAUGCAAGGUGGUAGACUUGGUGAAUAAAAUAAUGUAUUCACGUUUAAACACGUGAGGAGCAUUUUUGGGUGUGAUUUUUCAUUUAGGCCAGUAGGUGGCAGGAGUGUAUUUACCCGCCCUCCUUUUAAAUGGGAGAAAUGAUCAAAGCUUUUAGAGAUAAAAAAAAACCCCACCAAGUUGAAAAUGGGAAAAAACAGUGAUAACCUUGUGUGUUUGCCAAUGAUCUUUUGUCAGAUAUGAUGUGUUUUCAUUUUUUCAUUCAUUCUUUUAUCUGAUUUGGCUCCAUCAGACAUACGCAUUCGUCCACGUAUGCUCCCACACAGAAAAUAAAUUAAGCUUAAGUGAAAUA